AAAACAAUAUAGUUUUGACUUUAGACUAUAAUUUAAUUAUCAUUGUUCCGUACUUAUCGGUAUUUGUAUUUUGGAUCUGUGCAGGGAUAUCUAAUUUGAAUAAGUUCAAUAGUUAAAUCUACAAUAUUCAUGUCUACUACUUCAUCAAUAUCGGACUCCAGUUCGACUCCUAACGGACCUCCUGUUAAGAAAAGUAAAGUUACAAAGGUUAAAUCAGAAGAUACAAAAUCAAAGCAAGCACGAUUGAAAUACUCUCGACCAUGUGAUGCAUGUUCAUUACGUAAAGUUAAAUGUGAUCUAAAAACUCCAGCAUGUUCAAGAUGUAUAGAACAUGAUCUACCCUGUACUAAUAAUAGAGUUAGAAAGAAGUGUGGACCUAAAAAGAUUCAUGUAAAGACUCGAAAUAAUAUCUUACAACUUGCCAGUACUAUCACUACUUCAACCAUACCUAAUAGUAAUAUAGAUUCAGAUAAUAGUAAUCUAGAUUCAGAUAAUAAUAAUAAUAAUCUAGAUUCACAUACUAGAUUACUUAAUGAUACGUUAAUACCUAUUCGAACAAAGGAAUAUUAUGAACCUCAACUCCUGAUUCAUGAUCUUUUACCCUGCUUACAAGUAUAUCAAACAUGGUAUUAUGGAGUAUGGCCAGUUGUAUCUGUUGCAUAUCUAAUGUCUAAGCUUGUUAAUAAUUCCACAUCUCAAACUAAAUUUUUUAAGGAUCUGACUGAUAAAGAAGCUAUAUCUGCUUAUUCAUUAAGUUGUGCAGUAUCAGCUACAAUUAUUCGUCAAGUAUUCUUUCUUUCAUCCAAAUCUCAAUUAAUUAAUUUACCCAAUCAUAUAGAUCAUGAACAAUGUGCUAAAGAAGCUAUUAGAUCAAGAGAUUUUUAUGAUUAUAGAUUGGAUCCUAGUCCUGAUACUUUACUUACUUCAUUUUUUUUAUAUACAUACUUUAUUAAUAUUAAAGGAGCUACUAAAGCAGCCAUUAGUUAUUUACGAGAAGCUAUAUCAACUGCACAAAUCUUAGGCUUACAAAAUCCUAAUACUUAUUUAAAUAAACUGCCAGCUGAAAUUCAUAGAUUAAGAAAAAUAUAUUUCUUAUUAUUGGUAACAGAAAGAUUUAUAUGUAUUGAAGAUCAUGUUCCAGUAAUCUUAGAACCUUCAAUACCUUUCCCAUCAUUAAAUGAUGAAGAAUAUUCAACUUUAUUAACAGGAUUUACUGAAUUAGUUAAAAUAUUUGCUAUACCUGAUAAGAAUUUCUUUGAUAAAUUCUUACUAUUACAAAUUAAUGAUAAUAAUUUAAAUAAUACAAAUAUACCUUCAAAAACAUGGAUUAUUAAUAUUCAUCAUCAAUUAAAUUCUAUUCCAAUAUUACAAGAAACUUUAGAUAUUCAAAAAUUAAAUCUUUUAAUUAGUAAAUAUUGGAUGCAAGCUUUAACAUGGAAUAUUUGUAAGAAAUAUGAUUUAUUAACUGAUUCUAAUUAUGAUCAUAAUAGUUUAUCUAUAAUAUUUCCAUUUGAAAUUGCUAAAAAAUUCUUAAAUGAUACAGAACGUUUACCAUUAUUUUCAUUUGAAUCAAAUGGUCCAGGUGUUUGUAUUAAAUUAUUAGAAAUAGCUAAUAGUUUGGUUGAUGCUAUUAGUUUAAGUAAGAAUUAUGAAGGAUUCCAAUAUUUAUCUCAAGUAUUUGCAUUAAUGUCUACUUUAAAAAAUGAUAUAACUUUACCAAUUCAUUUAUAUAAUAAGAUUGAAAGUAUAUUAAUCUCUCAUUCUUUAAAGAUGUCUAAUAUUGGUCAAUUUAAUCAUCCUCCUAUAUUAAAUUCUCAACCAGGUAUUAAGAUUCCAGAAGAUACUUAUAUAUUUGAACUCCCUGAUGAUUAUAUUACUACCGAUGAAUUACCAAUAUCAUCUCAUAAUAAACCAUUACGUACGAAUACUAAUUCUCCAUUCUCGACUAAUUUCAAUUUGACAUUUAGCGUACCUAGUCAAACCAAUCUUUAUGAUAUGGCUAAUUCAUCGCCUAAACCCAUAGGUAUAUUUGAUUUGAUGAGUCCUCAGUCACAGGUGACAAUGAAGACAAGUCCAUUUGGAAUGGACUCUGCUGGUACAGUGUAUCCCAAAUAGUGUAGAGUAGAAUAGAGUAAAGUAAAGUAGACUAGAUAGACUAGAAUUAAUAGAGGAUGCAUUUGUUAUAAUAUGU